CAUUGACGUUUGUGAACUGCGGUCCUUGUUUCGAAACUCCGAACCUAUCUCAAUACACAACAUGCCAUCUGCAACCUCCGAGAACAACAACAACAACAAGCAAGAUGAGGUCCAGAAGUUGAUUGAAGCAGCUUCGGAGCACGGUGGUGUUCCAUUGUGGCCUCAGAUGAAGAGAUUCAACCCAGCCCGACCGGAUCCGAAAUGUGUUCCGUUUCAGUGGAAAUAUGAACAGCUUCGUCCUCUGCUGCUAAAAGCGGGGGAGCUAGUCACAGAGAAAGACGCUGAAAGGAGGGUUUUGAUGCUAAUUAAUCCUACGCGAGAGGGCCCUUAUACGACCGAUACACUAUAUGCAGGUCUGCAGCUAGUGAUGCCAAAUGAGACUGCUCCAGCACAUCGACAUACUGCCUUCGCGGCUCGAUUCAUCAUUGAAGGGAACGGUGGAUUCACAGCAGUGCACGGCAAGCGCAUCCGUAUGAACCGUCGAGAUGUCAUUUUGACCCCGACACAGAACUGGCAUGAUCAUGGCAAGGACGGAUCAGGCCCUAUGAUAUGGCUUGAUGCACUGGACCUGCCACUGUUUCAGUUCUUCCCUGUGCACUUCGUGGAACACUAUGACAAGCCUCGCUACCCAGCAGACGAUGUCGAUUCGGAGACAUCUCCGAUUGUGUUCCCAUGGUCGAAAAUGCAACAAGCGUUGGAUCACGAUGAGCGAGAUUGGACGUCGCUACCAUAUCUGAAGGCAGAUGGACGUCAAGUGAGCAAAACGAUCGGCUUAUCUGCAGCACGACUGCGUCCAGGCUGCUCGAGUGAGGCAGUACAAGAAACGGCAUCGAGCGUAUAUCACAUCGUCAGUGGUAAGGGCUACUCGGUCCUAGGUGGCACGAGGUUCGAUUGGCAAGCUGGUGAUUGCUUCUGUAUUCCUGCGUGGGUCAAGUACCAGCAUUUCGCGUUGGACGAGCCUGUGUACUUUUACCGAUUUGAUGAUAAGCCCAUGCUGGAAUCGUUGGGAUUCUAUCGCUGGGAGGGGAUGGAUACCGAGACUCUUGUGUCCAGCUGAGGUAAUCGGGUGAGCUUAGCACAGUCGGCGUACAGGUCUGAUGGAGGUCAGUUGGCAUGAUGACGAGACUGAAGCAUCAGUCGUGUACAAGAUGUGUAUUAGCGCUAGGUAACGUUAGCUGAGUAGUAGUGUGAAUUGAAAUUGGUAGACACUCGCGUGCCUGGCCCUGGUUCCAUGCUGGAGCUGACCAGGUUGGUGGAGUUGCUUGAGUCGAUCAUAUAGCACGAGACACGGGACGGAAAAGACAAACGUGCCACCUGUGAACCGAACCGGUCGAGCCAAGACGAAAGAUGUUGUGGGACGCGUCAGAAUGAUGGCGGAGGCGGAGGCGGAGGCAGAGGUGGAGGAUGCAAAUAGGCUGGAAUGAGAGAAGUUGUAGUAGUGUGGUAUAAUGUUAGGUAAUAGUAAUAUUCGACGUAUUCUAAGUUGGAAGAUCCAU